AUGGCGGACGAUAUUCGUACAAAGAUUGAAAACUACAAGACCGCACCAUUUGAUGCCCGUUUUCCUAAUCAGAACCAGACCAAACAUUGUUUCCAGAACUACCUGGAUUUUCAUCGAUGCGAGAAGUCUUUGAUUGCCAAAGAACAGGAUCCCUACCCAUGUCAGUGGUAUUUGAAAGUGUACAGGUCCAUGUGCCCCAACUCUUGGGUGGAGCAGUGGGAUGAGCAGAGAGCAGCGGGCACAUUUCCUUGCAAAAUCUGA